AUGAUAAACAAUAGCGAAAAAAAAAUUAGAAAUGAAAAAAAUAACCUAAUAACAGACAAAAACUAUACAGAAUCAGUAGACUGUUUACAAAAUAAAUCUGAAAAUAAUUGUAAAGACGAAAUUGAAAAAGAUAAUAUAAGAGAGAAACAUGUUGGUGAAAAUAGAGAGAAAUGCUACCAAAGCAAGGAAGAAAAGCAAAAACUUGAUGAUGAAUGUGGUGAAAAUAUAUUAAAAAAAGGUUCUCAUUUUCAUAUCGAGAAAUUAAGUAAAGAAAAUCUUAAAAAAAUUGAAAACAAAAAUGAGUUAUAUGAACAAAAUAAUAAUUCAAAAAAAAGUAAUUAUGAAAAAAAUAUGUAUGAAAAAUUUUCUGAAAUUAGUGAAAAUAAUAAUAUAAAUAAGGAGGAUCAUGAAGCAAAUAGGGACAUAAGUUUUGGUAAAUAUGGUAACAAUACAUUUCAAAAUAUAAUUGACGAUAAAUCAAAAAAAUUGUUAUUAAAUGACACAUCGAAUAUGGAUUAUAAAAUUAAAAGAAAUUUAACUUAUCCUGAUGAUAUAAAAAGAGAAAACAAAAAGUUUAAAUUAAAACAAAUAUUUCAAUCUUCGUAUCAAUUUAAUGAAUUAAGCAUGUUAGAUAAUGUGAGGAGUGAAAUGAAAAAACAAACUAAUUACGAAAUUAAUAAUAAUGCAUUUCAGUGCUCAAAAAACGACAACUUUGAAAUGUAUUGUCAAAAUCAUACUAAAAUAUUUAGAGAUACAAAUGAUAAUGAGAUAUUAAAAAUUAGUAAUAAUGGAAUUAAUAAAAACAAUAAUAAUUAUCCAACAAAUGAUAUAAAUUAUAAUGUAAAUAAUUCACUUAGUGGUAAUAUGUAUAAUAAAACUAAUCAGUUAACUAUUGAUAAAGACAAUAAUUCCAUAAAUACUCCCAAUAAAAUGUACGAUGCUAAUAAAGAUAAUACGACAAAUUUAUAUAUUCCUUAUGAAGAUAACACUCUUUCCAGUAAAGAACAUGAAAAUACAGAAAAAGAAACGAGUUUCCCUUCGAUUUUUGAAGAAAAUAUGGAUGAAUGGUUCAGAGCAAAUGAAAUUGAUGAUUGGCUUGUUCAUAAAUUUUGUAAAUGGUUAUAUAAUACUAAAGAUAAUCUCUAUUUUAAUAUAAAAACACAAGAAAUAUACUAUGUUCGCAAUCGUAAAUUUACUAAAUAUGAUAGCUCCCUGCAAGAAAAUGUAAAUAAUUACUCUGAAGAAAUGGAAUACAGUAAUUUAAUAAACGAAAGAUAUAUAAGCAAUGCUGAGAAUAAAUUUAAAGAAUAUUAUACAAAAGGUGAUUCAUCUAAUAAUAAAAAUUCCAUUAAUUCAGAUACGAAUAUAAAAAAUAAUAAUAACAAUAAUGAACAUAAUAUACAUAAUGAGAAUUACUUACAUAACAAUAAUGAAAAAAAUGUUGACAUUUCAGAAAAUUUGGAAAAAGUAGAAAAGAAUGAUGAAACAAUAGAAGAAUUUAGUAUGGUCUUAGAAGAUGAUUUGGUAUGUGGAACAUUCAGUAAAAUAGGAGAGCAUAAUAGAACAGAAAAUGAAGAUUUUUUUAUAACAAAAGAUAUAUUGGAUUUAAAUCAUGUAUCUGAGAGUGAUGGCUUAUGUUUUUUUAGUGGUGUUUUUGAUGGUCAUGGAGGUUCUAAUUGUGCACGAUAUGUAAUGGCUCACUUAAAAACAAAUAUAAUUGCUAAAUUCAGACAAUCCUUUUUAAUAACUUGCAAAAAAAAAUUCAAAGAAAAAAGUGCUAAAUUGAAUGAACAAAGUGUUGAAAUAAGAGCAUUAUACGAUAGCUGUAUAAAAGGUUUUGAUAUGACUGAUAAAAAUUACAUAGAACUUUCUAAAAAAUAUGAUUACAAAGAUGGCUCAACUGCUUGUAUCGUUUUAAUAUAUGGACCAGAUGAUGAUGGUUCAUUAAAAGUUGUGUGCGCAAAUUGUGGAGAUUCAGGCGCUUUGAUUUGUCAUAAUAGGAAACCUGUGAAAUUGUCUUUGAGGCAUAAACCAGAUUUACAAGAAGAAAGAAUAAGGAUAUUGAAAUGCGGAGGAAUAAUUGCAAAUAUUAAUGGGGUUAAUAGAAUCAUUACUAAACAGAAAGAUAAAAAUAGUAAAAAUAAAGAAAAGACAUUUUUAGCAUUGUCUACAUCGAGAUCAUUUGGCGAUGUGUCUUAUAAAAUUCCAAGAAAAAUAGUUCAAUGUAAACCUUUUAUCAGCGUAUAUACCAUUGAUUUUGAUCUUGAUUCGUUUCUUGUCUUAGCUACUGAUGGUAUAUUAAAUGUAUUAAGUGAUAAUGAAAUUAUUGAUAUUGUUUGGAAAAAUAAACAUAAGAAACCUGAACAAGCAGCAGAAGAAGUAGUAAAUGAAGCUACUAAAAGAGGAUCUAUUGAUGAUAAAACAUGCACAGUUAUAUUUUUUUAUUGGAGAAAGGACAUUUUUAAUAAUCCAUUAGAAAGUACAAACUUAGAUACUAUAACAUAUGAUGAUUCUAAACAAGAGGACAUUAACAUGUUUUCUUCAACUUUCUAA